AUGGUAUCCGGCGUUGGUGCACGACAGCACUUGGAGGACCAUGGAAUCGAGGUGCUGGUUGACUCUCCAGGGGUCGGCCAGAAUAUGUGGGACCAUCCUUUUGUAGGGCCGGGCUAUCGCGGGAAUGUCGAAACAGUGACCAGGAUUGCAAACAGCCCGAUUUAUCUUGCUUCGCAGUACCUGCGGUGGGCGAAAAAGCAGCUGGGACCAUUGACGAAUCCGGUGUCAGAUCUUCUUGCGUGGGAGAAGAUCCUCUACGAGCUGCGCAGGCAAUUUUCGCCCGAGACGUUGCAGGCUCUGUCGCAAUUCCCAGGUGACUGGCCCGAAGUCGAUUACAUGUCAGCACCAGGAUUUCUCGGAAAUAUCUCGAAUCUGAAAGCAGAUCAGCCCGAUGAUGGAUACCAGUAUGCUUCAAUUAUCGGCGUCCUAAUUGCACCGACCUUGCGUGGCACCGUCACCCUACGAACCGCUGAUACGGCCGACCUUCCGCUUAUAAACAUGAAUUGGCUCGACACCAGAUCCGACCAGGAAGUAGUUAUGGCGAUGUUUAAGCGUAUGCGCGAGGUUUUCGCCAGUAAUGUGAUGGAUCCGGUGGUUAUCGGCGAGGAAUACUUUCCGGGAAACCAGGUCCAAACCGAUGAAGAGAUACUAGAGUACAUUCGGGAGAAUGUCAUGACAGUGUGGCAUCCGUCUUGCGCAUGCAGAAUGGGUACAUCCAAUGAUACACAGGCAGUGUCUGAUAGCCGGGCUCGAGUUUUUGGUGUGAAGCGGCUGCGAGUAGUCGACGCCAGCGCACGCAUUCCCGUUACUUUUACCGGGACAUCCCCAGUCGACAUGCUACAUGCUUGCAGAGAAGAUCGCCAACGACAUUAUUCGAAACGGCGCUGA